AUGAAUGAAUUCAACGUUCAACCGUUUGACAUAUAUAAUAAACAGAAUACUAAUAUAUAUCAACAUUAUGAAGUAAAUGAUAUAGAAGAUAUUAAUAAAUGCCCAAUUAAAGCUGAAUAUUACAACUGCUUAUCUGAAACAUCAAAUAUAAAUUGGUCAAGAAAAUCCAUAGAUGAUUUAGAUGAUUGUAAAAACAAAGUGGAUACAACGAUACCAUCUUGCAUAGAACAAGCACAAUUUCAGCAUUCAAUAAAAUAUCAUUCAAAUGAAUCAAGAUUAUUAGACAAUAAUAAUUAUACUGAUAAUUCAAAUUUUAUUGAUUUCAAUCAAGUAGAUUUACAGCCUGAUUCAACUGUUAUGGUACCGAUUACAAAUAAUGAUUUUGUCUAUAAGGAAGAAUGCAGAAGGAGACUAAUGAAAAGACAUUUGAAAUCUCCAAUAUAUCAAAAGUCUAUUGAACAUGUUAGUAACAAUGAUGAUUCUGGUUUAAGUGUUAACAAUAACAUAUCACCGCUAAAUAAUCAAUUAAUAAUCAGAAAUGAACAAAUUAAUAAUUUCGUGACUACUACAAAAAAGGUGGAAUUUUCAUCUAAAGAAUCAAUAACUUGUGCUAUACCAUUAACAACAACGUCAUCAUCAUCAUCGUCAUCAUUAUCUGUGGCAGUGGUUGUUAGUUCAACAAAUAAACGACCUAGAUCAGCUUAUACAAAUUUACAAUUAAUUGAAUUAGAAAAAGAAUUUCAUUAUUCCAAUUAUUUAGGGCAACCGAGACGAUUAGAAUUAGCUGAACAACUUGGUUUAACUGAACGUCAAAUUAAAAUUUGGUUUCAAAAUAGACGAAUGAAACAGAAAAAAGAAUGUAUUGAAAAAGGCAAAUAUGAGUAA